GCGCCGCACACAUGCACGUGAAUCUUAUUGUUAUAAAUAGCUCAGUGUUUGAAGAAAAUCAGCCACAAGUUUUCUAUUCGAUUCCUUCCGCUCAAAACCGUGUAAAUUUUGGGCAAAAAUGUCGCGUUAUAGCCGAUCAGACCCCGAGAUGUUAGACUACGACAAACCGAGUGUUUGUGCAAGUUUCAUGCAUUAUACAUGGAAAACAAUAACGUGUCUCCUCUCGCAUAUAACUUUGGUUUCAAUGGUGGUUUCUUAUUGUGUCCUGGGAGCUUUCACGUUCGAAGCUCUGGAAGUGCACCACGAAAAGGAUAUUAAGCGCAACAUCAGCAAACUUCGCUACAACGUUACCUCGCACUUAUGGAAUCUAACAACUUCAUUAGAUGUCCUACGGGAAGAUAAAUUUAAGGUGGGUGCGGAAACUUACCUGAAGGAAUUCGAAGGUGCCAUCCUUAAGGCCAUGACUAAGGAUGGCUGGGAUGGCGAGGAGGACCCCAAUAUCGUCCAGUGGACCAGCACUGGAGCGCUAUUCUACUCCAUCAUAGUCAUCACUACAAUAGGUUAUGGUCACAUCUCGCCCAAAACCCAGUGGGGCAAAAUCGUCACAAUUUUCUACGCCAUCUUGGGAAUCCCCCUAAUGCUCCUCUGUCUCUCCAAUAUUGGUGACAUCAUGGCCACAUCUUUCCGAUUUCUCUACUGGCGGGUCUGUUGUUACUUUUGUACCAAAAAACCGAAGAGAAAACGCUCGAAACGUGGAAGUACACGAAGUAGUGCUCGGAUGACUCCUGAGGGUCGUUUUUCACGCUCGAGGAAUCCCUCGUUUCGACGAUCAAUGCGAACAUCAACGAAAUCGGCCGAUAGUGGCUUCGGGCGCUCAGAAAUCGGCCAUUACUCGCAUUCGGAUACGGAAUUAAGGUACCACGAGGACCCCCGCGACCAGCGCCCCUCCCGCGGCUCCAGCCUGCCCCGCAUGCGCCCCUCCCAAACCUCCCGCUUCUCCGACAGCAGCGUCCCCCAAAACCGGCGCAAAACCUCGCAAACGCGCAAAAGCGGCUCUUUGGACCGCCGCAAAGACCACGAAAUGAUCGAAAUGGACCCCAUCAUCUUAGCCAAAACCCCCAUCCUCUGCAACAAAUACGUGGUGGACAAGAACGAAAUCACCUCCAACAACAUCCCGGGGAUCACAAUGCGCGAGUUGGAAGGCCAGGGGGCGAAGUCCCAAUCCCGCAACCCUCAGUACCUUGAGCUACCACGCGCCUCAUCCCCGGGAUCAUCCUCAGAGGGUUCCAGGCGGAGCCCCCGACCUAGGAGGAAGAAGUCCCCAGUGCGCCAUAACCCAAGCCCCAAAAUGAUGACUCCUUUGGGGUACGGGCAUAGGAGUAAAUAUCUGGAUGAUCCAGACUCCGAGGAGGAGUUUUAUGAGGACGAGGAUGAUUAUUAUGAGAUUGUGAGGACGAGGAUUCGUCCGGUGCCCAUCUGGUUGUGUGUUUUUCUCGUAGUUAGUUAUAUUAUUGCAGGGGCGUUUUUGUUCAAGUCUUGGGAGAAUUGGGAGUUGUUAGAUGCGGCUUAUUUUUGUUUUAUUACUUUGACAACGAUUGGGUUUGGGGAUUUGGUGCCGGCGAAGGGAGUGACUCAUGAUACUCUAGGUGAUGGGGUUAUUGAUGAUGUUGAUGUGAAUCGAGCAACGAUUAGUAUAGCUUUAUGUUCGUUGUAUUUAUUGUUUGGGAUUGCACUUUUGGCGAUGAGUUUUAAUCUCGUUCAGGAGGAAGUUAUCGCCAAGGUGAAGCGCGUGGCGAAGACUUUGGGGAUUAUUAAGAAGGAUGAAGAGGAUUCGGAUUAUUCGGAAGAUGAUGUUUAAAGCAAUAAAUUGGAGUUUCGUUUAAUUUACAUUUUUUAAUUUAAUUUUUUAAUUGCCUCUUAAAAAUAAAAUUUGUAUGAGGGAGGUAAGUACCGUAUUACAUUCUUACAUGAUUUUGUUCACCAAGUCCUAAAAUAAAAAAUUAAGAACCAA